CUGUGGGCGGGAGCGGAAGUGAUCCCGCCAGUUCCUUCCUCUGGGCCGGGAGCCAUUAGCAGAGAGCGGGUGGCCGGGCGCAUGCUGCUGGUGCCGUUGUGACCCGCGAGCGCCACUGACCGGGAGAUCUCAACGCCUUGUCCCCGGGGGACUUUGAGAGAGCAGCGCCGGCUGCAGACACCGCGGGAGCGGACGAUUGUAAUGUUGAGUAUUUGAACCCAGCCGCACAUAUGUCGGAAGGAACGCUUCCCGUUCGGAGAAUAGGCACCAGGGCCGCUGUACGCCUGACGCAAGAGUCCUCCGCCAUGGCGGAUUCGGACACUUCCUCUUCAGACACGUCCCCAUCCAGCUCCCUGAACACCUCAAAUUCUCCAAAGUUAGAGCCAAAACUAGAACCCAAGCAAGAGCCCAUGGAGAUGGAGACUGAUGUUUCGAUGAGCACAGAGUCCUCGUCGCAGAACUCCGGCAUCACUACUGUCCAGGUCAAAGAUUUGGGUCUGCAGCCGCUCGGGCCGAGCCCCUUCACAGGCAGGAAGAGGAAGGCCAAUUUCUCCAAUGAAGAAACGGAGACACUGGUAAAGGACGUAGUCAAACAUUUCAGCGCUCUGUACGGGUCGGAGGCCCUGCGCACGGAGUCCACCCGUAGGAACCAACGGAGAAGCCAGCUGUGGAACCAGAUACAGACACACGUUAAUGACCUGGGUUACACACCCCGCACCAUUGAUGAUUUAAAGCACAAGUGGCGGGACCUACGUCUUGAAGUCAAGAGAAAGAUUACCCAUCGGAGAACAGCCAGCAAGGUGGCUCCGGUUCCUGGGGCCACCCCAAUUAUAGACACCAAACUCACCCCCCUGGAGGACUUGGUAGCCUCUACUAUUGGACACCACUGUACGUUGGAUGGGGAGCAGGAGGGCUUGUACAUGGAACCUGGUGUUCCCCGACAGUCCAUCUUCUUCACUUGUAGAGGACCCCCAAGCACCAUCCCAGAGAUCGGCAGUGACAGGCUGGGAUCCACAGCAAGUCCCAGACCAUCCGCCGACCUCUCCAUAGUCUCCCCGCUGGUCAGUACUUCUCCUGCCCAACUUUCCUUCGUCCACAUAUCGGAAGAUGGGGAGAACGAUGAGCAAGAAAUGGAUGUAACACACACCGUCACAAUCAAACCUUUCACCGAGACUUGGCCAGCUGUGAAAGAGGUGUGCACGCUGGUGGCCACCCAGGGCCUGCUCCCGACACAGCAGACCAUCGUACCAGCCUCAUCAGAGUUACUUGCGGUGAAGCAGGAGGUACUUCCUCCCCAGCCUGCCUUGGUUCCAACACGUUGCGAGUCCCAGAGCUCCAUCGUCUCCUCACCUGAGGGCUCACUCGCUAAUGCUACUGGGCAGACAGAAUGGAGUGUGAACGGCAGGGGAGACAACCCCACAGCCUCUGUGGUAAGCGGUGAUGGGGAAAUGGUGAAUCUGAAGUUGGAAGAUGAGGACGGAGACAGCCGAGAAGUGAGCAAAGGUUCUCCUUCACAGGAGCAAGGCAGAGGCAACUGGCAGGAGAACCAGGAUGAGUGGGAGAGGCAGUCCAGGUCUCCCCAGCCGAGCGAGACUGCACAGGAAGACUCCAUGCCAUCCUCUUCAUCCCAAGACGGGGAACCUUCUACGGGUGGAGAUCUUGCAGCAAACGGAGACUGCGCCUGUGAACCGGAUGAGCGCAGACCGGCAUGGCGGGCUAAUAUGCAUCGUCUGCUGGAGCUGGAGGAGCAGUGGGACACCUUAUACCAUCGGGAGCUCGGGAUUUGGGAGGAAGAAAGGAUCCAACAGCAGCAGCAGCGAUCUCAAGAUAGGGAGCUACAGCAGCAGCUUCUGGGAGUACUCACGGACAUUCGCGAUGAGCUGCGCCAGCUCAGACAGGAGCGGGCCACUGCCCGUCAGAACCAAGUGGCUCCCCCGGCUAAUGGCACACUCCUACUUACCAACGCUGUCCCACCAGCGCCUGUAACACCAAAGGCCAAAACUGAACCCCCCGUCGCAGUUGAGGUUGCAGUGAAAAGUACCCCUGCUGUGACAACAAGGCGCAGGGGACGGCCUCGCCUCAUCAAGCCCAGUCCAGAACCAGUCCGCCCCAUCAGGCCAGCUCCAGAGCCAUCCACAAGUAGCUGAGCUUCAUCCACUGUGCUAGUUCCUCAUUUUAUGUACUGGCAUCGUUGGUUACAAAGAGGUCAGCUGCCCCCCCCCCCCCCCCCCCCCCCCUCCCCUCCCCCUACCUGCAGCGUGGUCUGCUCAGGACGGUCUACGGCACUGGAAGGGUUAAUAACGGAAAAAACUUUUUUCUUUAUAUAUUUUUUUUAUAUUGAACAGAAUAUAGUGUCUGUCCUGUUAGAUUCUCAUUAUGUCGCUGUAAUGAAAUCUGAACACCCGGUGUAGAUAUAUGCAGUGUCUUGCCGUCUCAGGCUGUGCGGGUGUCUGGGGAACAGGAAGGAUGUUUUGUAUAGAUCUAACUGGGGCGAGUUAUAGCUAAUAUACAAAAUAUAUAUAUAUAUAGUAUUUUUUUUAUCAGUCACCCGGACACUUAGGCCUUAAAAUGAUCCUCAUCCCAAAUUAUGUCUCUGCGGAAAGGAAAGCGGUUGAAAUCCGGGUCGGCCAGACUUCCUGCGGGCCCCGUCGUCACCAAGGCUGUGCGCGGGGACUGCCAUUUAUUUUUAAAACAGGUUGUAGAGCUGCAGAUGUAGAGAAAUGAUGGUAGCGUCACUAGACAUCACUGUUUGUCUUUUAUAAAUUGUACAGAAACGCCCACCAGGUAGAAGAGGCUGAGUAGCAAAGGGUUAAUGUCAUAGUAUUUUUUUUUUUUUCCUUUUUAAUUUAAAUUUUUAUUUUAAAAAAGACCUUUCUAGUUUUCUAUGAUAUUUUUCGGGUCCCUUUAGAACGUCUGAGAACUUUGAAUCCAAAGGUCGCUCCCUUGGGGGCCCAAUUAAUCCUAAAAUCCAGGUAGUCUUCUGGAGUGAUGAAGCAUGAAAUAAGGACUGGUUUUAGCAAAUUGCUGAGAGACCCCAAUUAGGGGGUAACGGACUGGUGGAUGAGGCCGACUCUGGCUAGAACCAUCCUCUUGUUACUCAUCCAACAACUGGACCUUUUAAUCUUUUCAUGCAAUAAAGGAUUAAUUUUUA